GCUAAAGAAAAGAAAAUUCUUGAAUUGAACAUCUCCAUGGAAAAAAUGGAGAAAGAAAAAGAAGGCCUGCUGAAAAAAACAAAUUGGAACAUAUCCUAAAGACAAAGGAAAUGACAAUGGAAUCUUAUUGUGUUGAUUGUAUUGCAAAAGAAGAAGAAAUUUUAAAAUUGAAGUCUGAAUUAAAGGAGAGCCAUAAGUUCCAUCAACUACUCUCCAGAAUAUCAGAGGAAAACGAGGAUUGUCACAAUCCCACGGAACCCAAACGAAAGCACACUGAAGCUGAGACAAUAGAGCUUCCGUCGAUAGGAAUGGGUGAUAAUCUUCAAGACUACCAAGAAGAGACUUCUAAAAAGAUAUAUUCGAAUUUCCUCUUAUCCUUUUCUGUGCACAUUUGGAUAUCAUCAGAAACAACAAUAGAGAAAACGCUGUGGAAAAACUUAUGAUGCUCUAAUAUAUAUGGUAUUAAUGGAAACAUCAAAUUUAGCAGGAGACUGAACAUGAAAUUGAAACAUCUGAUGGUAAUGGAAAGAGACAAAAAGGUCAAAACAUACACGGAACCACUGGCAAAAAGACCUCAAAAACAUGCAAGUCUCAACCUGUUUCCAUUUUCUCUAUGCAUUUUGAUAUAUAUAAAAACCAUAUUUGUCCUUCAAAAAAGUAUUGGAAGAAUUUUCAUUUCUGGAUUAUGUUGGCCUGUAGUUAAUAUUUGUUUUUAAUGUGAUCUGGAGUGUCAAAGGAAUAUGUUGUAAACUUUCCGACAUAGGCGAUUGGGUAACAUAUGAAUUCUUUCACCAUACAAUUUUCUUGAAAUACAUGUUUAUGUAUUGUUCCUUUCUGUGUACUUGCCAUUUAUAAUAAAAAAGAAAUAAUUCUAAUUUGCAUUCUUC